ACAACAAAAUACCAAUGGAGCCGCGGCGGCAUCGAUGCAGCAUCCUUGGCCAAACCGUCCCCCAAAUCCAGCCAAACGACAGCGCAAGAAGGCAACAUCUUGCAGAAGCUGUCCAAACUAGCGGGAUGGAGAUUUGUAUGAGGAUCGUGUUUGCGGACGAAAGAAGUCCUUCGGGGACGCAGGGACUGCAUCGACAUCUAAGUUCGGACGAUCACCACAACACAGAGAACUUUCCAGGGGAGACGACGAUCAAGAUGUACCUGCUGCAGCACCAUGUCGGCUAUCCAGCGGUCCAUCGUCGAUCUCCAAACAGCGUCGAGGUCAUCGGCGGCCAAACGCUGCGCAACACGGUCUUCCCGCCGCCCAGCAAACGCCUCUCGCGAAUCCCUCAUCUGGACAUCUUCCCUAAAUCAAACGGCUGAAGCACCACCGGAGUGACCGUCGGCGCCAUCGAACCAGUUAACCCGAUCGUCGAGCAAGCCGGUCAUUACGAAGACCGCCACAACCUCGGAAGCGGUUGACGAGCAAGACCUGUUCCAACAGGUCACGCCAAGACAAAGACGACAAAAUCGACAGCUUCGCGGUGGCGUCAGUGAGGACGAAAGCAGCGGCCUCCACACGAUCCACGUUCACCAUUCGCUUUGUGUAAAUGUAAUCUUCUAAAUGUAAUUGCGUGAACUAUCAAUAUAUUUGCUUAAAAUAUAAA